AUGUAGUAAAACAGAAACUAGUAGAGCGGGUAAAAUGUAUCAAAAUCCCUUCGACCUGCAUCCAGAAGAGUAGUCAAACCAGAAAUACAUCUUAAUCCCAAUUUCAAGUCCCUAACCAAUAUACCUCAAAUAACUACUAGAAUCUAAGAAAAGUAGUUCUAAAUAAAGCACAGUCUGAAUGAAAUUAAUACUGAAACCUUGACUAAACGAUCAAAUUAUCACUCUAUCUUAAAUGAAAAAAAAUUUUCAUUAGUUAGUAACACUGAUCGAGAUUCUAAUCUUAAUUGUAGAUUUAAAGAACAAAAAUUAACUAGUUUAGAUAAAAGCUAACCUAAAGGAAUAUUGAAAUUGAUUAAUUCAAAAAGUAAAGACCAUUCUAAUAAUGAUCCUAUUGAAGUUCAUGAAAAAGAAGAACAGAAAUCCAUUUUUACUAAAAGAAUUAAAUUUUCGAGCUUAAAACCUAUUAAAUCUCCAUAUAUCUAAGAAAGUCCAGAUAUUAUUUAGAAACUCUCUCCUAAAAGAGUCUCUUUUAGUACCUAGGUACACAUUAAACUGAUAGAGGAGAAUUUUUAAUUUAAACCAAAACGAUAUGUAUUGGCUGAUCUUAUUGAUAAUAUUUGA